AUGCCUCUCAAGAAUACUUUCAAAGUCAGCAUAGAUCACAAAUGGAACCUUCAUUUGUUUGGAGACAUUGCUGAACUCGAGCCAUUUGUCUUCUUCGGUUGGCAUUUCGGUCCGCUGUGCACCGUGUACCUCACAAUUCUAACAGAUCUUAUAGAACCAGAGCUAUGCCGCCCCACCCUGAGGAGUCUUUCCCUGUCCGCUAUAAACCAAGUAGAAAUCGCUUUAAGGUACUUUGCCACAGGUGAUAAUAUGAAAACUGUGGGUGAUACCCUUGGUUUUCACAAGUCAAGUGUAUCAAGAAGUGUGCGCGAUGUUUCGCAGGCCUUGACUGAUGUUUCUCCCAAGUUCAUUAAGUGGCCCUCUACCACCAGGGAAAAGAUGGCCAUCAAGAAGGGGUUCUAUGGUAUUGCUGGAUUUCCCGCUGUAAUCGGCGCGGUUGAUGGCACUCAUGUCAGAAUUAUUGCCCCUUCUGAGCAUGAAUCAGUUUAUGUAAACUGCAAAGGAUUCCAUUCAAUCAACACCCAGGCCAUCUGUGAUCAUGAAGGCCGUUUCACCAACACAGUUGGCAAGUGGCCAGGGUCAAACCAUGAUUCUUUCAUUUUCCGAGGAUCCAAUGUUGGAACCGACCUUGAGGUACAUCACAGAGGGAUUGAUGUUGAUGGGGUUUUACUGGGCGACAGCGGCUACGCCUGUGGACGAUACCUCGUCACUCCCUUCUUACGACCAGUAAAUCAAGCUCAACAAAACUACAAUGCAGCUCAUACAAGAACAAGGGCAGUAAUUGAACGCUGUUUUGGAUGGUGGAAAAGACGCUUUAUGGCUUUACAUGGAGAAAUUAAGGUUAAACCUGAGAGAGUAUCCAAAAUCAUAGUGGCUUGUGCUGUAUUGCAUAAUAUAGCUUUGGACAGAAAAGAAACAAUGGCUGAAGAUGAUAAUGGCAUUGCUUGUGAUGAAGAAGACUUGGGAGGAGUCGCUGUUCAGCCUAGAAAUGAUAACAUUCGCCAGUUCAUCGUUGAUAACUACUUUUAAUGUGUUUCAUAAAAUUACACCUCAUUUUCUGUUUGGACACUGUAAAGUGAAACUUCAUAUUUCAGUUUUUUAAUUUCCAGUGACACUUUUUCUUUUUGCAGCUUAAUGAGUUCAGUCUCUUCUUUGAUUCUGCACACGU